AUGUCAGACAAUAAGACUCGUGUUGGUAUUGUUGGUUACGGAUUGUUGGGUCAAUUCCUUGUUGAUAAAAUACUAAAUGAUGAAAGGGCUUCUAAAAAAUUCGAAAUUGCCUUUGUGUGGAAUAGAACAUUUGAUAAAGUAUUGGAAGAUAAACAAUUAAAAUCCGAAUGGCAUUUGGAUAAUUUGGACAAUUUCAAGGAAAAGAAUCCAAAUAUUAUUGUAGAAGUUGCCCAUCCAAAUAUAAUUGUAGAAUAUGGAUCUAAAUUUUUGUCUUGUUGUGAUUUAUUUGUUGGAUCACCAACAGCUUUUGCUGAUAUCAAUGUUGAGGAGGAAAUAAGGUCAAUUGCCAAAACGUCAACCAAUGGAUGUUAUAUUGCAAGUGGUGCCCUUUGGGGAUCUUUAGAUAUUCAAAAGAUGGGAAUGUUAGGAAGUUUGAAAGGAUUAACUGUCACCAUGAAGAAACAUCCAGCAAGUAUGAAAUUGACAACAUCAGAAAUGCAAGAAAAGUUACAAAUUUCCCUUAAUGACCCUACAAAGGAGUACGUUAUUUAUGAAGGACCUGUUCGUCCACUCUGUCCAAUAGCUCCAAACAAUGUCAAUACGAUGGCAGUAGCUUCUCUGGCUGCUGAGAACCUAGGAUUUGACCUCGUUAAGGCUAGACUUGUUGCAGAUUCCAGAUUGGAAUCUCAUAUCAUAGAUAUUGAAGUGGAAGGUCCAAAUGGUUUUUCAGUCAUGACUAGUAGAAUUAAUCCUGCAAAAGUUGGAGCUGUCACUGGUCAAGCAACAUAUAAUAGUUUUCUUAGCAGUUUGUUAACAGCAGGUGGAAGAGGAAAUGGAUUCCACUUUUGCUAG